UGUGAAAUUACACGUGGAGUGUCGAUAAUGUUAUUUUUUGUCCAGUGUGCGUUCAUGUCCUUGCGUUACCAGUACUGUCUAAGGCUGGCCCAGACAGCGCUCCGACCCCUACCUCGGGCACAUGGUAUCAUCCCAGGGUGGGGGAGGCGUGUGGGAGAGGAGCGCAUAGUCCGACUGACGGAGAAGCACGGAAAGGGAAACGGACAAGAAACACGAAUCGAAGUCGUCCAUGUGAAGGUUUCCACCUCGAAGGAAUUAAGAAUAUCCCAGCUUCCGAGAAGAACAAAUAAAUGAGGACACGGAGAAUGUGAAAAGAGAGCGACAACAGACGGAAGACGAGGCGAUCAAAAGCGUCAGACAGCAAGCUCAGGAACUUGACGGGGUUCGGUUUCUUUGGUUUGCUUUGCUUUGAGAGGAGUUUCAAGUUUUGGUUCGCUACAGCUCAGAUGUUUUGUGAUUUUACUGUAGUAUUAUUACCACCACAGCGGCUGACUUCUCAGAUCGAGUUGACAGUUCGGCGUUUGGAAGUAUAAAUAUAGUAAUCAGCGGCUUGUCCAGUGUAUUUCUUCAACACGCGGAAUCAUUUGACAUCUAACACCACAUAUUGGAUCUAAACAUGUGUCUCAAUUUCCAAUUUUACCCCCAGGGGAGAGGGGUGUGUAGGUGAUGUGCAGUAUCUGUUCUUGGAAUGGUUUGUCCAGCCGGUCUUGCCAACCGCCCAGUUGGUUCUGCAUGUGGAUACCCUGCUAGAGGAACUUUGUCUGGAAAUCCACACGUUACAGUGGACUGGUUUGUUUACAAGUGCUUGUCGUCACAGAGACCCCCUGUAUAGUGUAAGGAGAUUACAUUAUUGUCUGGCUUUUUAAAAGGACUCAUUUUCACCGUGGCAGAGGCCAGCCAUCUCUUGCUGUGGGCAGGUGAAGAGGAUAGACCAAAACACACCCAGGUUCUGUGACAUUGCCAGUGCACUGCUGUGUGUGUCACCGCAUUAAUCUGAGUGAUAACAUCAUUCUACACUGCCCUAGUCUGUUCUGUGAUGAGCUUCCUCAGAAAACACCAGCAGUUGGAGCUAUUUUUAGUGUAAGGAAUGGGGUAAAAGCAGACAGCUGGAAAGUCAACUCCCCUCCACCUCCUCCUCUUUCACCCCCUAUAUCACACUACCUUGCUCAGCCCACCCAGCAGCAUGCUGGGUGAUCCUGGGUGGCACAGAUUUGAGUUAUAGCUUGUCGAUGUGCUUUACAAGUGAUCUGGAAGAACAACAAAAACUGUGUGAACUUAUUGGGCCAGUUAAUAGGAGACCUGUUGGAAUCACACCUAAGCAGUAACCUGGUUGUACUGUGCACUGCACAGUUAAACCCUGUUGUGGAUUAGCAGUAUGAAGAUGUCUGAAGGACUACUAGCUGAAUACUUGUGGUCAAACCUGUCCUGGGCUAAGUGAACCUAUCAGCCUGGACAUUUAGCUAAAACUCUGAAGUCAGGCUAGCCACUUGUUGGCGUACUGGAUUAGAAGAAAGGCCUACUUUUAACUACCUAAAACUCACCAGCAGCCUGGAGCAGUACGAACCUCCAGCACACAGAAAGAAUGCAUGAAACUUCUGAAACCAACCAAAUUAAAAGCCAACCUGACUAACCAAAUAUUCUUUUUUCUGAAAUCCCCAUACCCACAGAAAAACAGAAUAUAUAGAUGACAGAUAUAUAACCCUAUUGUAACUCCACAGAAGAUAGAGAUUACAUCCUUUAUAUUUUUACUUCAGAGAGACAAGCUGCCUGUACACCAGUUGGUUGCCUUAGAAACCACAGUCACAAAAAAGAAAAAGAAACAAGCCAGAGAAGACGGUGCCUUUUUGCUUAGUUGGUUUCCCACCAUUUCAAGAUUUGUUGGGUCAGUUGGAUGUAAACUGUUGAACCGAACUCUGGGAUUGAAAAGAGAUCUGAUUACAGGUGCCUGACACUUCAUGAGCUCUGCCCACUUGUUAAAACAUUUUGAUUGACAGUGUUUCCCUGCUGGAUUGAACAAUUAACAAGCAUUUUAAUGGUGAUCACGUCAUCAUCUGUGGAGGACAAGACCAUACGCUCUUGCAGGAUGGUCCAAUCAGAACCCUGGAUCACUUCUGUCCUGCUUCGCAAGAACAAAAGUGUAAGCAGCUCAGGAUGUCCGCCCACCUCCUCCUCCUCCUGCUCCUGCUCCUCCUCCUCCUCCUCCUCCUCCUCCACUGCCCAGGGCUUCUCCCUCGCUGAGCCAGCCAUGCCCAGCCAGCACACACAUACACACCCCUCCUUCAGCUCCAUCCACUCCAUGGCCGAGCAGCAGCAGGUGCUGUCUGAUAUGACCAUACUCCAGCGGAGGAUCCCUCCUAGUUUCAGAGACCCUGCCAGCGCCCCACUGAGGAAACUCUCUGUUGACCUCAUCAAAACUUAUAAGCACAUCAAUGAGGUGUACUAUACUAAGAAAAAGCGGCGGGCGCAGCAGGUCCCUCCAGAGGACAGCAGCACCAAGAAGGAGAGAAAAGUCUACAAUGACGGCUAUGAUGAUGACAACUAUGAUUAUAUUGUGAAAAAUGGAGAAAAGUGGCUGGACCGCUAUGAGAUAGAUUCGCUGAUUGGGAAGGGUUCCUUUGGACAGGUGGUGAAGGCUUACGACCACCAUGAGCAAGAAUGGGUGGCCAUUAAGAUCAUUAAGAACAAAAAGGCAUUUCUAAACCAGGCACAGAUUGAACUACGCCUGCUGGAGCUCAUGAACAAGCAUGACACCGAGAUGAAAUAUUACAUAGUCCACCUGAAGCGUCACUUUAUGUUUAGGAACCAUCUUUGUUUGGUGUUUGAGUUGUUGAGCUACAACCUGUAUGAUCUCCUGAGGAACACCAACUUCAGAGGAGUCUCCCUCAACCUCACCAGGAAAUUUGCACAGCAGCUUUGUACAGCAUUACUAUUCCUAGCAACACCAGAACUGUCAAUCAUCCACUGCGAUCUGAAACCAGAGAACAUCCUGCUGUGUAAUCCCAAGAGAUCUGCCAUCAAGAUAGUCGACUUUGGAUCCUCCUGCCAGCUUGGACAGAGGAUCUAUCAGUACAUCCAGAGCAGGUUUUACCGCUCUCCCGAGGUUCUGUUGGGAAUGCCGUAUGACCUGGCUAUUGACAUGUGGUCUCUGGGAUGCAUCCUGGUGGAAAUGCACACAGGAGAGCCACUCUUCAGUGGCUCCAAUGAGGUUGAUCAGAUGAAUAAGAUUGUGGAGGUUCUGGGGGUCCCACCCAGUCACAUGCUAGAUGCAGCUCCUAAAGCCAGAAAGUAUUUUGACAAGCUUUCAGAUGGUCUGUGGACAGUGAAGAAGAACAAGGACAUCAAGAAGGAGUAUAAACCCCCAGCCACACGCCGUCUUCAUGAGAUUUUGGGUGUAGAGACUGGGGGCCCAGGGGGUAGGAGAGCAGGGGAGCCAGGACACGCCCCCUGCGACUACCUGAAAUUUAAAGACUUGAUCCUGCGCAUGCUGGACUAUGACCCUAAAAGUCGUAUCACGCCAUUUUACGCCCUGCAGCACAAUUUUUUCAAGAAGACAACAGAUGAAGGAACCAACACCAGUUCAUCUACAUCCACCUCUCCUGCCAUGGACCACUCCCAUUCAACCUCCACUACUAGCUCUGUUUCUAGCUCUGGUGGCUCCAGUGGUUCUUCCAAUGACAACCGGAACUACCGCUACAGUAACCGCUACUACAACUCUGCUGUUACACAUUCAGACUAUGAAAUGACAAGCCCUCAGGCCCCCUCCCAGCAGCAGAUGAGGAUGUGGCCAGGCAGUGAUGGUGGCGGUGGGUGUCAGGACCCAGCAUACACUCAGUUGCUGCUCCACAAGCCAGCUGCCUCCCAGCAACACCAGCGCCACUUCCUGGAUCCACCCCACCACCCUCACCCAACUUACUCCCACCAUGGAAAUGGGGGGCGUGGUCUGCGGCAGGGUGGACAGACGGGCAUUGGUGGAGGGGGUGGUCAACAGGGAUCCUCGCCCCAGAUGAGUGACAGCAUGGAUGUGGGCGUGUCCCUAGGGCUGCACCACCUGGGGGCGGUGUCUUCCAUGGAGGCUUCACAGUUUGGCUCUGCCUCGCUGCCCCUUGCUCUGCCAAUCGGACUGUCUGCCUUCCGGACUAGGCCGGCUCCCACCGCCCCAGGGCCACAAGCCCCGCCCCCUGAGGACUACUACCCUGCCUCCAACAACAAUAACCCUGCUGCGGGAGGCAGAGGGAGGCCGGACUCAGACGAGGGUCCAGCCACCUCUUGAUAAAACCUGAACCAUGCCCUAAAGCCAUACAAUUUUAACUCUAACGACUACAACCACAGACAUACAGCCAGAGUUCAGAGACAAAAAGCUGAACUUUGUGCUGAAGAAGACAGUUUGUACUGCAUGAGAGGAGGAGGAGGAAGGAGGAGGAUGGUGGGAAAACUCUUUUUAUCCUGUUUUAGUUUGUCUUAUGUUGCAACUGUAAUUUGAAAAGAAUGAUUGUGACAGGUUUGUUUUUAUUAAUAUUAUUGUUGUUUAAUGUUAUUUGAUUU